AUGGGUUCAACACGAAGUAAACUGGAUGAUCAUGUUUAUGAAUCAAUAGCAAAAUAUACUGAAUUAAAACGAGAUGAUAUUAUUGCAUGGGAACAACGUUUUUUACAACAAUGUGAUCCAGGUUCAAGAACAAUGAAUAAAGAACAAUUUUGUAAAUUUUAUCAAGAACUUCGACCAGAUGAAAAUGUUAAACGUUUAAGUGAAAAUAUCUUCCGUGCAUUUGAUUUAGAUGGUGAUCAUGGUAUUAGUUUUUCUGAAUUUCUUAUUGCAUAUGUCGCUACAACAGAAGCACCAUUAGAACAUAAACUUCGAUAUGCAUUCAAUGUUUAUGAUUUAGAUCAUAAUUCAAUGAUUGAUAGAGCUGAAGUUUUAUUUAUACUACGUGCUAUGUUUCAGUUAUUAGGAAUGAAUGAUAAUCAAUUACAUAAAUAUUCAUAUGAACAAUGUGCUGAUACAAUAAUGAAAACACUUGAUAUUAAUGAAGAUCAAUGUAUAUCAAAAGAAGAAUUUAUUCAAGGUUUAUUACAAGAUCAUUUUUUACAAAGUCUUAUGAAUCCGUUUCAAAAUAAAUAA